AUGAUUGGAGCCACAAGAUCCUGCAAGAGCCAAAGAGUUAUCAUUCAAUUGGAAUGCGAAGAAAACAAUCCUGACGAUGGUUUUCGCUGGAGAAAAUAUGGUCAGAAAGUUGUCCACGGGAAUCCAAAUCCAAGGAGCUACUACAAAUGCACAAACACUGCGUGCACUGUGAAGAAGCAUGUGGAGAGAGGAGCAGAAAAUGUCAAGUUUCUGUUGGUUACAUACGAUGGGAUACACGAGCACGAUCCACCAGCUGCACGCGGUAGCACUUCCGGUCAAAAGAGCCAGGACGGUUCAUCAACGUCUCAAGAUCAUAACAAUCACCGAACCGUGCGUUUAGGCAGGCCACCUUCUUCCUCUUCGGCCUCUCAAGCCCUGAGGCUUUUCCCUUGUUCGUUGGACCCACCAAUGGAUAUGACACCGUUCUAUAUAACCGGAUUCGCUAAGCUGCCGAGUUUACCGGUUAACCAGAACCAUACUGAACCGAAGAUUGAACGUGUGAUACCAGACGGUACAGAGGUAUUCAAAGUGAUCAGAGAUCGACUUAACCUCAACUUUGGUCUCAGCCUUUAG